UUAAAGACAGAAGCAUUUGGCAGAUAUGGUGGAUCAGCAUUUCUUUUGUUUUUUAGUCGAUUAGUGUUGGUGAACGCGUGUAUUAUGAAUCGCUUUUGAAAGCAUAUAUUGUUCAACGCGUUUCAAUUACAAACAAGGAAUUUGUCAUCGCCAGUACCAAGUAAGAUGACAGAGGAGACUGCAUCAUCACAGUGAGUUUGGCCACCAAUGCAGAAAGAUGCAUACCUGGAUUACAGUCGUAGUAUUUGUUGCCACAUCUGUGUGUACUGUGGAAAUGGUUGAAAAUUAUGGGGACAUGUGUCAAAGACUGUGUGCCUGUGAGGAGAAAGAAGGCAUACUGACUGUGAGCUGUGAAAACAGAGGGAUUGUUGAUCUCUCAGAGAUCAGCCCAGUAUUCUUCUCAACCUAUCAUCUAUUGCUCACAGGGAAUCUUUUAAAAAUGCUAUCUGCCAAUGACUUUGUUGAUUACAAUGGACUCACGAUACUGCACCUGGGCAACAAUGACAUAUCUGAGGUAGAAUCGGGAGCUUUUAACGGACUUCAGGGAUUAAAGAGAUUGCAUCUCAAUAAUAACAAAAUCGAUGCCUUGAAGGAGGUUUUUUUUAAUGGCCUUGAAAGUCUGGAAUAUCUACAGAUUGACUAUAAUUACAUCACUCACGUGGAGCAGAAUGCCUUCAGCAAGUUACGUCAUCUGGAGGUUCUGAUUUUAAAUGACAACUUAAUUUCAACUCUUCCCACAAACCUCUUUCAGUAUGUCCCUUUGACUCACCUUGAUUUGAGGGGUAAUCAACUGAAAGUGCUCCCUUAUUCAGGCUUGUUGGAACACAUGAACAGUGUGGUGGAGUUGCAGCUGGAGGAGAAUCCUUGGAACUGUUCCUGUGAGCUGAUAGCUUUAAAGACCUGGCUGGAGAGCAUAUCCUACACAGCUUUGGUUGGCGAUGUGGUGUGUGAGUUCCCUUUCCGGCUUCAUGGUAGAGAUCUUGAUGAGGUUUCCAAACAGGAGUUAUGCCCCAGGAGAGCUAUUGCUGAGUAUGAGAUGCAACCCCAGCCUCAUCUGAGCACUGAUGCACACCACAGAACCACACCCUCCUCGGUUACAGCCUCGGUUACGGCCUCGUUCACUCUCUCUGGGAUAGCACGCUCGUCAUCAAGGCCGACCAAGGGUCCUCGUCCGGCGGGCAAAUUAAAGUCCAAACCCACUUCUCGGAUUCCAUCCAACAGACCACAGAACUAUGGUCAGAUAAUCUCCUAUCAGACCAAAUCUCCUGUGCCUUUGGACUGUCCCACUGCUUGUACAUGCAAUCUCCAAAUUUCAGACCUUGGUCUAAAUGUCAACUGCCAAGAGAGGAAGAUAGAACGCAUAUCAGACUUAAAUCCCAAACCUUACAAUCCCAAAAAGAUGUAUCUUACAGGGAAUUAUAUCCCUGUGGUGCGCAGAUCGGAUUUCAUUGAGGCGACUGGAUUAGAUUUGCUUCACCUUGGCAACAAUCGAAUAGCUCACAUACAUGACAGAGCCUUUGGGGAUCUGACACAUUUGCGAAGGCUGUACUUAAACGGUAAUCUGAUAGACCGUCUUACAGCGGAGAUGUUGUAUGGGUUAGACAGUCUGCAGUUCCUGUAUUUAGAAUACAAUGUCAUUAGGGAAAUCGCAUGUAACACCUUUCAGCAUGUAUCCAACCUUCAGCUACUCUUCCUGAACAACAACAUGCUAAAGACCUUACCUGGGGGAAUAUUUAAAGGGUUGACACUGGCACGUCUAAAUCUUCGUAACAACCACCUCCGUUAUCUGCCUGUCAGUGGUGUGUUGGAUCAGCUUACAACACUGGUGCAAGUAGAUUUGUUUGAGAAUCCCUGGGAUUGCUCCUGUGCCAUUGUAGAGUUAAAGAUGUGGCUGGAGCAGCUUAGCACUGGGACUGUUGUAAACAAUGUCAUCUGCGGCUCUCCAAAGAGGCUGGCCGGGGAGGAUAUGCGGUACAUUAAGUCAGCUAAUUUCUGUCCUAAUAACUCUGAAGUACUUGCUUCUGUGAUCCCUCCCUCAGAAGAAUCGUUCCCUGGCAGCACCAUCACCAUAGAAACAUCCUUGGAUUACGACACGCAUUUCAACACUGUUCCAUUAUCUUUCCUGAUUCUUGCCCUGCUUCUGCUGUUUAUAGUGUCGGUGUUUGUGGUUGCUGGACUGUUUGUGAGCCUAAAAAAAAAACGGCAAAAGUCUCAAAACGAUCAGAAUAACUCAGUGAACGCAUGCAUUAGCUCGCUCAACAUGGAGUAUGGACUUUACAAGAAGGACUCCAUUCCAAAAGUCAGAACGUCUGCUGGGCAUGUGUAUGAGUACAUCCCACCUCCUACGGAGCACACAUGCAAGAAACCUGUCUACAGCCCAGCAGAAAACAAAUCAGUGGAUGGAUAUAGAGACUUUGAUGAGCUCAAUGGGGCUUUCCUGAAUCACUGCGAUGUGGAGGCAGGCAGCAAUGCAAUAAGCUCCGAUUACAGGUUUAGCACUCCGGAGCCUCUCAACAAGCCCUCUUCCCCCUUACACGAUAAUCAGUAUGACUACAGAGAAGUUUUAAACCAAGACAAACAGUCACCUUACAGCAAUACUCUCCCAUGCAGGCAUGCAGGCCAUUCAUCUAAUCAGUAUACCUCAGACUUUGAUGUUCGGCAUCAAUAUAUGCACCCUGAGACAAUACAGCAAACAAUACUAUAUUGUACAGCACCAAGUACUGUCUAUGUGGAGCCAAACAGGAGUGAAUACUGGGAACUGAAAGCCAAGCUUCAUAUUGAUCCAGAUUAUCUUGAAGUUCUUGAGAAACGUACAACAUUCACCCAGUUUUGAAUGACUCAACAUUUUUUUCUGCAAAGGGUAAAAAAACGAAUGCAGUUGAGCAGGAAUUUUUCACUUACGAUGAAAUAAAACAACCUGAUGGAAUGAGUGCUGUCUGGAUAGUUCAAUAUGCUCUGCAUAGCUCAAAUCGCUUGAUUAAACAUAAUCUGUAACUUGUCUUGCUUUGAGAAGUACUAUUGUAGGUUAUAUAUGAUAUACCUAGGCAUCAACAACCUAUUUACAAACUAUGUACAUAUGCAGCUUCAUGCUUGUUGCACCUUUUUAUGAAAUGAGCUACUCAAAUGGUGUCUCCGUUUUUUUUUUGUUUCUAUGAAGAUUCAAGCAAACAAUUCAAAAUCCAUGGGAGUAAUCUACAUAAUAGAGUUUUUCAGUGAGAUUUUAAGUGUGGUACAGUAUGCUGACAUCAUCAAUGAUUGCCUAUUUUUAUAUUUGAGUAUAAAGAUUAAAAUCUUUUCUCUGUUCAUGUUUUUGUUUGCACAAA